GCAAUAACGCUGAUUUAGAGUAUCCCGUCCUAGGCGUUCUGUCGAGAGACGAGGACGCCUGCGAACGAGGUUACUGCCCUACAGAAUGUAGCUUCCAGCACACCGCACACGCAACUGAUAGGACCCUUGCUCUGUGCUCUCAAUCCCCGCGAUUACCCGUUUACCGCCGGCUGCCUGCUAACCCAGGCAUGGCUGAUGGUUGUAGGCAAUUAUGGCUUUGCGACAUUAUACCCUUGACUUCAAGCUCUCUGCCCCAGCUGACUGUACUUCGACAGUCCAUGGUCUACAGUCCAUAUUUCAGGAGCAGGAAAUGACAGAGACUGUCCACGACACAGAGGGACACGGCCACCUGGCUACCUUCGUAGGCAAAAAGGGAAGAUUUGUCGUUCUGCGUGUGCACACGCACGGGCUGGUCACUGUUGAUCUCCAGUGUUACGAAGGCGACGACAGCGCUCAAGUAGACAAUCUUUUAAAUGCACUGGAAACAAAGUUAGAGAACCUUCUACGAGGCAUUAUUACCAGAGUCAAAAGACUCCCAGCCAUCAGCCGCGGGGCCUCCGUGGACCGCUACUGGCCCACUGCGGACGGGCGGCUGGUGGAGUAUGACAUCGACCACGUGCUGUACGACAAGGACUCGGCCUAUCAGAACAUCAAGAUACUACACUCGCAGCAGUUUGGGAACAUGUUGGUCCUCAAUGGGGACGUCAACAUGGCAGACAGCGACCUGGCCUACACCCAGGCCAUCAUGGGCGGCGGGCGGGAGAGCUACGAGGGGAAGGAGGUCCUGAUCUUGGGUGGCGGAGACGGAGGGAUCCUGGCCGAGACGGUCAAACUGAAGCCAAAGAUGAUCACCAUGUUGGAGAUCGACGAGGCGGUUAUCGAUGGCUGCCGACAGCACAUGAGGAAGACGUGCGGAGACAUCUUGGACAGCCUCACCGGAGAUUGUUAUCAGGUGCUGGUGGAGGACUGCGUUCCUGUGCUCAAGAAGUACGUGGAGGAGGGGCGGACCUUCGACUAUGUCAUCAAUGACCUCACGGCGGUCCCCAUAUCGACAUUGCCUGAAGAAGAUUCAACGUGGGAGUUCCUGCGUCUCAUUUUAGACCUGUCCAUCAAGGUGUUGCGCCCCAGUGGAAAGUAUUUCACACAGGGUAACUGUGCGAACCUGACGGAGGCGUUGGAUCUGUACGAAGAGCAGCUGCAGAAGCUGUCCUGUCCUGUGGACUUCAGCAAGGAGGUGGUGUGUGUGCCCUCUUACAUGGAGCUCUGGGUUUUCUACUCCGUGUGGAAGAAGUGAGUCACUUCUUCAGCGGGAGCUCCAACAGAAUGUGAAGAACCCCCUCCCCCUGUCCCCAAGCUGCUCUAGUUCCUCCCUAGUGAGAGAGAUGGCACUGUUUUACCAAGCUCCCCUCAAAUGUUAGUCCCACCCCAAGAACAACUACAACAGUGAUUGUUUGGUUUUUACCAUUUUAUGUUAACGGUUCUUCAUUUACUCUUUGUGCUUCCUGCACUUCUACCUUCCUUGAUUUGCAUGUGUUCCGGCCGUACGAGCAUAACUCGACGCGCCCCGCGAUAAGAGUGGUAUCGGUAUGACGGUACCAAAAACAUGUUCCUCCCAAUACUACUACGACCCACUGUACACUGUACCAGUAGCGGACCCACUCGGGGUUCCCCCAGUGAGUGCCCGUGAGACUGUGACACCUUCAGCCUCACGCGCCCGGCGUCGGCGUCAGCAUCAGCGUAUGGGCGGGGGUUCCCCGUUGGGUUAGGUUCCUCGGUGACCUGAGGCUUGAGUCGAGUAUUAAGUCCUCAGGAUGUCCCUGUCCCGCCGCCGCCGCCACCGCCGCCGCCACCGCAGCCCAAGAGACAAAUGCGUUUGAUUAUUUUUGUUAAAGGGAAAUGGAUGGUUGUUGGAGAAUAUACUUUUGUGCUUGCGUUGGUUUUUAUUGAAUGUUCUUUGUUACUUGGCACCUUUUGUUCCUCCUGCUGGAUUCCAUUUGUUUUCUGCUUAAAUCUUUUUAUUUUUUUUCUUUGAAUUUGACAGAGGUGGAUUUAGCUUGCUUUUACCAUGGGGUCCAUUGUUAUAUUUAUUUAUUCAACAACAAAUAUGGUUUUAUACAGUUUGUUGAACAGUGGCCGACUGCACCUGAAGUAGAGAAGGGUGUUGACUGCUUUUGUCCAAAGUAAUAUGAAAAUAAAUGCCUGCAGUACCA